AUGGAAGAUGAAGCACGUGCUUACCGUGAGGCUCAUUUCCAAGAAGAGUUGGACUCUUUAAAGGAUAGUGUGGCUCGCCUUACCAGCUUACUCGAACAAGUACUAAGGAAUACCUCGGGUGAAGGUCCUUCAGCUAGGCCCGCUCCUCUCCCAACAAACCAACCUGAAGAGGUAAUGGGAGGACAUGCACAGGAGCCCCAACACAAUCCAGUUUUCAUGCAGUCGCCAACACCCGUACCACCUGUACCAACACCAGUACCAAUUGUCAUGGAUGCAUUCGUUAAUGAGUCCCACAAAACUAAGCCCUCUGAGGAUCUUGAUCAAGAUAAGAUGGCAGCACUAGAGGCCAGGAUUAGGGCCAUUGAGGGAAUAGACUUAUAUGACCCUGUGCGAGCUGUGGAAAUGUGUUUAGUCCCUAAUGUGGUGGUACCAAAGAAAUUUCGAGUUCCGGAAUUUAUCAAAUACACCGGCACUCAAUGCCCUGUUACCCAUCUCAAAUCUUAUUGUAACAAAAUGGCAGAAGUAGUUCACGAUGAAAAACUACUAAUGCAUUUCUUCCAAGACAGCUUGAGUGGAGCGGCAUUGAGUUGGUAUAUGAGGUUAGAUAAUACCAGGAUCCAUACAUGGAAGGACCCCGUGGAUGCUUUCAUCAAGCAAUAUAAAUACAACAUGGAUAUUGCUCCUGACAGAACCAGUUUGUCUAACUUGGAGAAAGGAGAUAAGGAAAGCAUAAGAGAUUCGGCCCAACAAUUCACGGAUUCUGUGGCCGUGGCUGAACGAAUAGAACAAGGAGUAAAAAGUGGAAGAAUCUCUGCACCUGUGGAGAAAAAAGGUUUCGGAGCGAAGAAGAGAGAGAUCGACCAUGUCGAAAGUAGUUACAGAAGCAAGAAAGGCCCUUUCCAAACAUAUAACCCUCAAUCCUCUUCACCCCAAGUUGCCAACACCAACUUCAACUUUCCAAGUCCAGCCAGGAAACUUGAACCCCAAAGCCACCAAGUAAAAAACCAAGAUGAAAGUUUCCCCAAAAGAAACUACCGAAGAGCCUCAGAACAAUUGCCUCCAUUACCGUUACCCCUAAAUGAGAUGUACCAAAAGCUGCUAAGUAUUGGGCAAGUAGUCCCUGUGCCUUUGGUACCUCUCCAACCACCUUACCCCAGCUGGUAUAAACCGGAUCUCACUUGCGAAUACCAUGCCGGUAUAGCUGGACACAGCAUCCAUACUUGCAAUGCCUUUAGGAGGAAACUUCUGCAGCUGAUCAAAGCAGGAUGGAUAUCAUUUGAAGAUGCCCCUAGUGUCAAUGCAAACCCUCUACCCAAUCAUGCUUCGGGUAGUGGGUCUGUAAACAUGUUAGAAGAGGGACACUCAAAAAUCUUAAAGGUGUCAAUGGAUAGGAUCUACCAAAUGAUGGUAGAUGCAAGGUAUGAAGAGGGUAGCGAGAAAUGUUGUGCACUUCAUAAUGAAAAAGGCCACGUGAUCAGCCAUUGCGAGGGCUUUCAUAAAAAAGUGAUGCAAAUGAUGAGUCGAGGGAUGUUGCGAAUUGAGAAAGCAACGAAUGAAGAGGUGUUCAUGAUGGAGGCACCAAAGAAAGAGGUGUGUCGAGUACAAUUCGCUACCGGAAAGCCACCCAGAUUGGUCUUGUCCAAACCAGUGGUGGAACAUAAAGGGAACUAUAGUGCUUUACCUCACAACUAUGGGUACUCUUUCAAAAGCACUCCACAACCGCCUAUCUUUCAAGCAGAAAUUGGGGGUUUGACCCGUAGUGGCAGAUGUUUCACCCCAGAAGAGUUGGAAAAACAAAGAAAGGCUAAAGGAAAAGAAGGGGCAGACGUAACUGAAGAAAUAAACAAACCUGUCACGGAAGAGGAAACCAACGAAUUCCUAAAGCUGAUGAAACACAGUGAAUAUAGUGUUGUUGAACAACUCAAGAAAACACCAGCCAGAAUAUCGUUAUUUUCUCUGAUUCUAAGCUCUGAGCCACAUAGAAAGGCUUUACAAAAAGUACUGAAUGAAGCAUAUGUUCCUCAAGACAUCAAUCAAGAAACCAUGGAACAUUUAGUGGGAAGAAUCCAAGCCUCGAAUUAUAUAUACUUCACUAAAGAUGAAUUGAGUCCUGAUGGUACUGGGCACAACAAGCCGUUAUACAUUACGGUGCGUUGCAAGGAUAUUCUGAUCGGAAAGGUGCUCAUUGAUAAUGGUUCUGCAUUGAACGUGCUACCAAUGCAUAUGUUGAAAGAAAUGCCUGUCGAUGAGUCACACAUGAAGCCUAGCACCUUGAUGGCGAGAGCAUAUGAUGGUUCGCCAAGGCCGAUCAUUGGGACCCUAGAAGUAGAGCUAUAUGUGGGACCGCAAAUGUUCUUGAUAACAUUACAAGUAAUGGACAUUCAUCCAUCUUAUAGUAUAUUAUUAGGAAGGCCAUGGAUUCAUACAGCUGGAGCAGUGGCUUCUUCAUUGCACCAAUGCUUGAAGUAUAUCAUGAACGGAAUGCUUAUAACUGUCAAAGCCGAAGAGACGGUUUCCAUGAUAAGAAAUGUGGCCAUACCUUUUAUUGAAGCAGAAGAUUGUAGAGAUGGGAAUAUUCAUGCUUUUGAAAUUGUGAAUGCAGAAUGGGUUCCUGAAGGAAUAGUGCUGAGAAAGCCUCAAAUCCCAGAAACGGCAAAGAUGGUUGCCAAAUGCUUUUUAAAGAAUGGGGUUCCUUUUCAAUGUAAUCCUGAGACUAAAAUGCCCAGCCUGAUCAAGCCAAGCUAUGCAAAUCAAAGAUUUGGGCUUGGAUAUAAGCCCAAGAAAGACGAUUACAAGCGGGUCACUCAGGUUAAAAGAGAAGCAAGAAUGGCGAGAAUUGAAGGAAGAGAGCCAGAAGAAGAAGAAUUUGUCAUCCCACCACUCCGAGUGUCUUUCCCAAGGGCUGCAGAAGUUAUUAGAUCUGGCAUAGUGGAUCUUCACAUCAAUACCUUGGAGAGCCAAGAAGAAAAACGAACAGAGGAAGCGGAUCUGGAGAUAAAGGAUGAGGUUUUGCCACAGCUCUCCAUUCACACCAUUGAUGAACCUCCUGCCAGAUUUUUCGUGCGAAGAUUGGCUGAAGGGGAGGUGUACCAGAACUGGAAGAUGGAGCCUGCUCCUAUUGUGUUUAAAAAGUAA